CUUAUCUUUGCAGGUCACGAUGGAUGGAGCUGUAGUGAUUUUGCUGGCCGUCUUUCUCUUCUCUGCCACUUCAGAUCCUGUAAAGAAGACACAAAAUGUGGAUAUUUACAGUUUCCACAUUAACUCUACUGUGACCAGCCGCUACGCCACCACAACCAUCACGAGCCGCGUGGCAAACAAACUGAAUAAAUCUCAAGAGAUCCUGUUUGAGGUGAAGAUACCCAAGAAUGCCUUCAUCAGCAAAUUCAGAAUGAUAAUAGAAGGAAAGAGUUAUGAUGGAGUUGUGAAGGAGAAAGCAGAAGCUCAGCAGCAGUACACUCAAGCAGUAUCACGAGGACAAAGUGCUGGACUCAUCAAGUCUGUUGGAAGGACUUUAGAAGAGUUUAAAACAUCAGUGACGGUGGCCGCUCUCAGUAAAGUCACAUUUGAGUUGACCUACGAGGAACUGCUGAAGCGUCGCCUCGGCAAAUAUGAGCUGCUCAUCAAUGCCCAACCCAUGCAGACAGUCGCAGAUUUCAAGAUGGACGUUCACAUUCAUGAGAAAACAGGAAUUUCCUUCUUGGAGGUGAAAGGAGAUCUGAGCACCGAUGAUCUGGCCAAUGCCAUCAGAACAACCAGAGCAGACAAAGAUGCAUGGGUGACCUUCUACCCCACUCGAGACCAGCAGACCAAAUGUAAAACUUGUGAUGAAACUGGACUGAACGGAGAUCUGCUCAUCACAUAUGAUGUCCAGAGACAAAAUCCUAACGGAGAAAUAACCGUGUCAAAUGGCUACUUCAUCCACUACUUUGCACCCUCAGAUAUUCCACGAAUUUCCAAAAAUGUGGUGUUUAUCAUUGACCGAAGUGGCUCUAUGCACGGCAGAAAAAUGGAGCAGACUCGCUUGGCACUGCUGAAGAUUUUGAGUGAUCUUACUGAGAACGACCACUUUGGACUGAUCACCUUUGACAGUCAAAUAGAUUUGUGGAAGCGUGAACUUCUCAAAGCCACCCAAGCAAACCUGGAGGAUGCGAAAGCUUUCGUGAAGAAGAUCACAGAUAGAGGAGCCACAGACAUAAACGCUGCAGUGCUGGAAGGAGUAAAAAUGAUCAACCGGCAUCCACGAGAGGGCACUGCCUCCAUCUUAAUCCUGCUGACUGAUGGAGACCCCACUACAGGUGAAACCAACAAGGAGAAGAUUACAGGGAAUGUGAAAGAGGCCAUCGGGUCCAAGUUUCCGCUCUAUUGUCUUGGUUUUGGAUAUGAUGUGAAUUUUGACUUCCUUUCAAAAAUGUCGCUGGAAAAUAACGGAGUUGCUCGCAGAAUUUAUGAGGAUUCUGAUGCCGAUCUGCAGCUGCAGGGCUUCUACGAUGAAGUUGCCGUCCCGCUCCUGACUGAUAUUCAGCUCAAUUACAUCGGAGUGUCAAAUCUCACCCAGACCAGUUUUAACUUGUACUUCAACGGCUCUGAAAUUGUGGUGUCGGGUCAAAUCACAGACAACAGUGUGGAGAGCGUCACCACUGAGAUCAUCGCGAUAUCUAAAGGCAGUAAGGUGACGUAUCGUGACACUGUAACGGCAAAAGAUGUAAGUGAUGUCCAACCUGAACAUGAACAUUUCCUGGAAAGACUGUGGGCCUACCUCACAGUAAAGCAACUUCUGGACAGACAGGUUCUUCUCAAAGGUCCAGAAAAAGAGGCUGCAAAGAAAGAAGCUCUCAAUCUGUCCCUCAAAUAUCAGUUCGUCACACCUCUCAGCUCUAUGGUUGUUACCAAACCACAGGAAGAUCAAGCUGAAGUUGCCGACAAACCCAGAGAGGGAGAAGCACCACACAGACCUACAGCACACAGACCUGCAGUAUUUGCUUCACCUGGUGUAGCACAAAGGUUUUCAGGAGGAGUUUCAAAUAGUCGCAUUGGCUACUCUGGUAGCAGACAAAAAGGCAGUCGUCUUCAAUCAUAUCCAGCCAGACGUGAUCCUGAUCUCUUCGGUCGGAAAAGGAUCAUGGGAAUGGAUUAUGAUGAUCACUCCUCGUCUGUGACUGCAGAUUUUCUUCACACUGUGGCAGUACCUGUAGUACCUGUAGUUCCUUUAGUUCCUUUAGUUCCAGUAGUUCCGGUAGUUCGUUCUCAUCGUUUCUUGCUGCCUGCUGACGGUCAGCCUAAACCACUUUGUUUCGACGUUCCUCUUCCUUACAAACUCAAACUGCUGGAGGACUCUUCAAUAGAGUUCUCAAUGAAUGGAGAGUCCAAGACAUCUGAAAAUGGAUUCAGUCAAAUUGCCUUUCAUUAUAAAAAGACCCAUCAUCUGGUAGUAAACACAACGUCCAUCAAUUACCAUAAUGACCAGGAAAAUGAGGAGUUUUUCUGGGGACAUAAAUAUACCGGACUUAACAAAGACGGUGUGUCCGUGUUAAUACUGCCCUCAAAAGUCAACAUCACCGUGGGGGAUUUUAUUAUCAGUGUUCUUAUUCAUAAGAACGGGGAUCUGUUUUUGUGGCCUGGCGUAGAGCAAUAUCCACAAGGUUCCAGCCCCACGGGCAUCUUAGGCAAAGCAAGUAUUUCAUAUGAGAAGAUUAAAGGAUACAGCACACCAACUCUAAAGAUAAUGGACAAGGAAGUGACAGCGUCUAGGGCUGAUGUGAGAGACUACAGAAUUACUUCUGCUCCUAUUGUCAGAUGUUGGCUUGUGCCGUUCGAUGCUGUGAUGAACGGAAAUAUUUCUGACUUUACUGUUACUCAGCUGUAGUUCAUAGUGACAAAACUAUGUUUUCUAAAAUAUAACGUAAUCUAUUUAGUAAGUUCGAUCACAUCUGGCCUGUGUAUUGUAUCAAAUUGUAUCAAAUUCUAUAAGGCACAUUAAAAUUCGAUUCAAACAAACAAUGUGCAAGUACUAUGAACUUGCAUUGGGUUUAGACUUCAUCAUUCAGAUUCGUUUUAGCGACAUAAUUUCACAGUUACAGUAGCAAUGCCUCUUUAAAAUUGAUUGUAAGCACAGUUAAACAGUCUAUUAUUUGGCCUGUUGGUGACCUUGAAGUAUUCCUGACAUCCAUCUCCUUGUCAAGAUUUGUCAAGAUAUUCUCUUACAAAAUGUUAAUUCUCUAAUGUUUACUUGACUAUAAUAAUAAUAAAUACACAUUUGGCAUUAGGACAUUGUAACAUUCUGAACCUUAAAAUGUCAUAAUUUGAAAAACAUACCAGAAUCUGGACCCACAUACAUCCCUCUGCUAAACCAUUAACUAGAGUACUAGGAAAUCAACAUAUUGUGGAUUUUGAGGUUGUAAAUUGUCUAAAGAAGUAUUUAUUUUGGUGAUUUCCCCGUUAAACUGAACUGUACCCCUUGUGAUGAACAAUUUGAGUCUGCAACUGAAACCAAUAUUCUAACAAAUCGCUACUGUCCUUCUUAAACCUCCAUAUUACAUGACUUUUAUUUUAUGCCAUAAAUUAUAUGUUUGUCACUGCAAAUAUCUAAGCAACAAACAGUAUUAAAA